AUGAACAGAAUAGAUGCCCACGUCUCCGGAGCAGCUGGCGGCGAGAAUGCUGGAUGCCGACCCCGCGAUAUAAUAACGGCCAAGACAAGUUCCAAGUGUCGCCGGCAAAGGGGCUUUUCUUUUUCUUUCUUUUCCAUCUUGAUCCUUUUUUUUCUUCUUCUCUAUUUUGCUCUCUGGAUCCCCUGGUCGGGCCAUCCUGCGCUGCAUCUUCUUCCAUUUUAUCAUUUCCCUCUCUCGCAGUUUCCCCCACUCCUUGGUCAAGGCGAAAAGCUGGGCUUUUCCAAAACAGUCAUUCACUUCGAGGACAGGGAUUCUUUCCCCGUCCAGGCUUUUCUCAUUCACUUCAGCGCUUUUUACGCAUCCCACGUAUUCUACACCCAGGACGACGCGACGCAAGCAAGAGCCCGCGAGCACGAUUCCGGUUGCUGA